UCUGGUUGGAUCUCUCCGCUACCCUUUCUCUCGGCGGUGGGUCGGAGCCGCUGUCCCUGGCCUCGCAUGUUCCCCUCUAAAUUCCUGUUUUGAAUUCGAUGCCCCUCUUGUAGAUUUGCUCCACUCACACGCCUCUAUUAGGCCGCAGUCGGGGUGUUUUAUUUGCCCCCACAUAUUUGGCUUUAAGAGACCUCAAAACACCCCCACCCCCUCCACCACCACCACCACCUCCCCUCCCUCCUUUGCUAAUCAUGGCCGUGGUGAGCGGAUCGUCUGGGCCGGUUGCCCGGCUUGAGGGCCGUGAAUUCGAAUACAUGAUGAAGAAGCGCUCGGUGACCAUCGGGCGGAACUCGUCCCAGGGCUCCGUGGACGUGAGCAUGGGCCACUCCAGCUUCAUCUCCCGCAGACACCUGGAGAUAUUCACCGCCAGCGACGACGGCACCGGCAGCGGGGAUUUCUACCUGAGGUGCCUGGGUAAAAACGGGGUGUUUGUAGACGGAGUGUUCCUCCGACGGGGUGCCCCUCCUCUGCAGCUACCACGAAUGUGCACGUUCAGGUUCCCCAGCACAAACAUCAAGAUCACGUUCACGGCCCUGUCCACUGGGAAGAAAAUGAAGCGCGAAGCUCCAGAGUCCCCAGUGAAACCAGUACAGCCCCAGAUCUCCCCGCUGACCAUCAACAUUCCAGACAACAUCGCUCACCUCAUGAGCCCGCUGCCGUCGCCCACCGGCACCAUCAGUGCUGCUAACUCGUGCCCCUCCAGCCCGCGGGGCGCCGGCUCGUCGGGCUACAGGAUGGGCGGACGCAUGGUCAGCUCUGCAGAGCUGCAGCUCAUGAACGACAACUCGCAGCCUGAGAACGACAAAGACGCCUCCGGAGGGGACAGUCCCAAGGACGACUCCAAACCUCCGUACUCCUAUGCACAGCUGAUAGUCCAGGCCAUAACGCUGGCUCAGGACAAGCAGCUCACACUAAAUGGAAUCUACAAUCACAUCACAAAGAACUACCCCUACUACAGGACCGCAGACAAGGGCUGGCAGAACUCGAUCCGUCACAACCUGUCGUUGAACCGCUACUUCAUCAAAGUGGCGCGGUCGCAGGAGGAGCCGGGCAAAGGCUCCUUCUGGAGGAUAGACCCGUCCUCGGAGGGGAAGCUCAUCGAACAGGCCUUCAGGAAACGAAGGCCGCGGGGCGUCCCCUGCUUCAGGACCCCACACGGACCCCUCUCCUCCAGGAGCGCCCCGGCGUCUCCCAAUCACUCGGGGGUUCUCUCCGCUCACUCCAGCGGCGUCCAGACCCCCGACAGCCUAUCACGAGAGGGCUCCCCGGUCCCCCUGGAGCUGGAGACCUCCUCGGCUCCCGCCCCGCAGACCACAACAGUGGUCCAGCCCAAACUGGCAGUCAUCCAGGAAGCACGCUUUGCACAAAACACACCAGGCUCGCCUGUUAACAACCAGCCGGUACUCAUAGCAGUCCAGCGUCAGUUACCUCAAACCAUUAAGCCAGUGACCUACACCAUGGCCUCCCCAGUGAGCACCAGCACCUCCCAACCGGCGGUCCAGACGGUCCACGUCCUGCAGCAGAUCCCGGCCGGGUCCCUCGGCCACGCCGCCGUCAUCGCCCAGCCGGCAGCCAUCAUCAAGGGCGAGCCGCAGGAGAACGGGGAGCACACGGGGCUCAAAGUCAAAGUGGAGGCGGUUCCCACCAUCACCUCUAUAGGCGGCUCCAGUCGCAUCAUCCAGAGCUCCCAGCCCGGCGGCCUGCAGACCGUUACCAUCGUGCAGCAGGCCCCCAUCGGUCAGCACCAGCUGCCCAUAAAGGCCAUCACACAGAACGGCACCCACAGCAUCACCACUGCCAUCCACGGACCCGCCAGCUCAGCCGUGGCGAGCCCCUCCACCUGCUGGCGGCGCACGCCUCGGCCUCGGCCUCCCUCCCCACCAAACGACAGAACGGGGACCAGCCGGGCAUCGAACAGCCGGACGCCAAGCGCCUCAAAUCGGAGGACGAGGCGGCCCGCGGCCCCGUCAGCGCGGCGGACUCGGACUCGUCGGCGGCUAACGACUCGAGCCACAACUAGUCUGUGACACCACGCACCACACAACCCACCGCCCCCCACCCAAACCCCACCACCUCCUCCUCCCUCCACGGUUUCGCCCCCCUUUCUCUCGUCCCCCGUCGUUUUGUUUCGUUUCUCCUCCUUCUACCACUGACUCCCAAGGUGCCAAACGGAGAGGAUUCUUUUUUCAGUUUCAGUAUCUGUUCUAGAGCAUCACAAGAAGAAAAUUAAUAAAAUAACAUCCACCCCUUUAAAGACUGGAAUGUGGGUUGAGAACAAAAUAAAGAAAUGGGACAAAGAUGAACUCAAAAAGUCCCCCACACCCCCUCCCUCCCUUUGAGCCACUGAAACAGGAGAGUGACUAAAACCAAGACCACAGGAAGCCUUAACAACGACUAACCCUUAAGAGCUGACCUUUGACCUCACGUGGUCCAGCGGGGAGAGGCCCUGACUCAGCUCGGACUGGACGCCAUCUUUUUUUCUGUCGCAUCUACCUCAGAGCAGACAGGAGACUCCGGCAGCCAGCAUCCUCUCCGGGACGAACCGAGCGACGAGUACGACGAGUUCAAUGGUUUAAAAAUGAAUAAAUAAAAAAACGGUCAACGCAUUCAGAAAGGGAUCAACUCGGAGCCAAUAUUCCUGAACCUCUGGCAGCUAGCCUCUCACAAUACUGACCUUCCUUUUAUCGCAGCUGUACGUAGAAAUGCAGUAUUUUGUUGUUCAAAUGUGGAGCAUAGGAUUUUUUUUUUUGUUCACAUGUAUUUUCACUUAUCUAGAUAAAGUAAUAAUUUAAUUAAAAAGGAAGCGUACAAAAAUAAUGAGGUCGGUGACAUUUCGGUAACUUAAGUUAGAGAAAUCUCACUUUUUGUUUUUUUAUUUUUUAUGUGGACUUCCUUUUUUCUGUUCGGUGAAACAGUGUGAUAGUUUGUUUUUUUUUCGUAAUAUUUGUUCCCCCCCCCUUCGUUCUGACAUAUCCAUAUGAAAUUUGCUUAGUUAUACCUACAUAUUUUAAUACUUGCACAGAUAACCGAUAUAAGCAUAUGAAAUCUCCAUGUGUAGUUCCAGAUGUUGACCUUGCAUGUGUCCGACAACGGAGGAGUCGUUAACUGUAAAUUGAACAGAGGAAAAAAAUAAUAAUAAUAAGACCUGCUUUGUCCAAACCAGACCUGCACUUGAUUAAAUGUUUGUGUUUUCAUUCAUUUGUUUUGUUUCCUCCCCUCCCUCCUUCCUUCCUUCCUUCCUUCCUUCCUUCCUUCCUUCCUCCUCCUCCUCCUCCUCCCAGCUGUGUUGACGUUGUGGUGUUGGCAGACCCCCGCCCCCUCAUCCACCUUUUGCUUGAUUAUUUUACUCUGUUCCGGCGACCUGGCGAGUCUGUUUUCUGAUUGUACACGUUCCAAACAAUAGUAAAGGAAAAAAAAUUUGAUGUUUGUUCUGCUUCAGUGGAGAAAUGCUUUUUUUUAAAUAAAUUAAUUUAAA